AUGUUGACAACAACUGGUGCCAGCAGCAUUCAACCAUCAGAAGGUCAACCAUCAUGUGUUGAUUUUUCCAAUUCCGAAAGCUCAAGAAAAAGAGCUGUAUUAUAUGGAUUGCUCAUUGGAGAUUGUUUAGGCUCAACCAGUGAAUUUAAACAUCCAAAACUUGAGGUUCCGAAAUUAAUUUCGAAAGAAAGUACUGGAUGGCCUUUUCAAUUACAAAGCAAUUUUACUUGGAAGAAGGGUGAAUCCACCGAUGAUGGUGAUAUGGCGCUUUGUAUUGUCAAAAGUUUUUACUUGCUCAAGUCACAAUUCGAUCCAAAACAUGUCACUCAACAAUAUUUGGAAUGGCUUGACACAGAUCCGAAAGAUGUUGGAUUCACAACUCGACAAGCGUUAUUGAAAACCAAGAAGUAUUUGGAUCAAAAUUGUGAUGAAAAUGGUUGGUACAGAGGAAGUUUAGAAUUAUUUAAUGAAAACGAGUCAAAACCUGCGAAUGGAGCGUUAAUGAGAAAUGGGGUCAUUCCAUUGUUGACCAGUGACAUGAUGCAAGCUUUGGAAUGGACUAUUUUACAUUCGAUCAUAACACAUUAUUCAUUUGAGGCGGUACUUCCAUGUAUUAUUCAUACCAUUUUAAUUCACAAAGCAUUGCAAGCUCACAAUAACAAUUUACCACUCGAAUAUCCUACAUCAAAAACAAUUUCAGAAUUAUUGAAAGGCCACACUGGUGAAUGGUUUGAGUUUAAAUCCAAAUAUUUGUAUCAGAAAGUGGAAACUGGAUCUGUGACAAAAUAUCAUUCAGUGUUGACUGAAUGGGUUCGAGUGAAUGGUGGAAAAAUUGCUCUCGAAAUGGCAGAAACAAAACUUGUAAAUGAAUUACAAGAUUUUGAAACAUUCGAGCCAUAUGAAUACAAUUACAAGAAUGUGAGUGGAUGGAGUAUUUUAAGUUUGAAAAUUGCAUUAUGGGCUCUGUAUCAUUCACGCUCCACACGACAAGACGACUACACCAAUUUCACACCCAUUCCAGCACCUUCUCAUUUACCCAAAUGGCCAUUCGAAAAACAGCCCAAAGGAUUUGAGUCCAUAGUUUUUGUGGUCAUGAUUGGUGCAGAUGCAGACACAUAUGGAGCGAUUACAGGACCACUCAUGGGAGCGUAUUAUCCAGAAAAUAUUCCACAAGCCAUGAUUCAUGAUUUAAUGCAACGUGAGACAGUGGAGAAAUAUGCGAAUCAUUUGUGGUCAGCAAGUAUGUAUGAAGAUUGA